CAUUAGUCGGCUGUGAAGUCCACGCGCCGCUAUACAGUGCGAUCAGUUCUUAGCUUUCCCUCCGCCGGACCUGAUUCGAUUGAGUGAGACGCAGAACACCGCACAGGCAUGCACCUUCCUGAGCAAGGUUUCAUGUGAUAAAAAUUUUAGCUUGCUGUGGAGUUUGUGGAUCUUGCUCGUGAGCUUUUGUUUGUGAUUUUAUUCAAUUGGGUGACAUGCGUAGAAGAAACGGAGGUGGAGGUUCCUCUGAUGAUCAUGAAAGAAAUGAACACACAAUGUUCCCAAAACCAGAAACCUUAGAUUUUGACUUGCCCUGCGACACGUCUUACCCUCAGCAGAUUGCUGACGCAGCUCCUAGUUCUUCUGGAAGUCAUGUGAAGCCACUCCUCAUCGAGAUGGGAUUUAGCCCUACCGAUGUUCAGAAAGUAAUUGAUGAAAAUGGUGGAGAUGAUCUUGAGUUGUUAUUAGAGAUUCUUACUAAGAGUUCUCUAACAAAACAUCCUGAACCUAGCUUUCAUGAGCCAAUGGAACCCAAACCGGAGCCCGAUAUUGAAUAUGAAGUCGAUGGUAGAAGGACAUCGUUACUAGCAAUGGAGUUUUCUGAAAAUCUAGUUGACUUUGCACUAGAUAAGCUUGGUAAAGAUGCACCAGUUGAUGAGAUGGUAGACUUCAUUGUUGCUGCUCAAUUAGCUGAAAAGUAUGCAGAAGAAUCUGAGGACUCACUUGAUGAUAUUGAAAUCAGUGAAGAUGAAGAUGUUGCUCCAGUUGCUGCCAGGGGACCUGAGGUUCCCAAUGAAGUACUGUUUGAAACAAUGGACAAAACUUUGCAUCUCAUGGAAAUGGGAUUCUCUAAUCAUGAAAUCUCAAUGGCAAUUGACAAAAUAGGUGAAAAAGGACAGAUUUCUGACCUUGCUGAGUCUAUUUUUAUUGGUGAAGUUCCUGGUGACAUUCAUGAGGAGCAUGAAGAUAUAGAAAAGAAAGUCUCAACGGCUCCAGCAGCGAAUCGUACAAGUCUUUCAAAGGGUUGGAGAUUUGUUGGUGUUGGUGUCCAGAAAGAGGAUGGUCGUAGGGGUUCUUCAAGUGGCACUGCUAAUAUGAAACGAGAUACCGGUAUUGACUCUAAUCCUCUCACUGCCACUGCCAAUGUGGGAGAGAGCUCAAGGAGUAAAAGACUAAAAGAUGAAGAUGAGAAUGCCUAUCCAGACGAACAUAGUGACUUCCUUGACAGAGGGAAACGGCUAAGACCCGAAGAUAUGGGAGACUCAACUUCUUUUAUGGAAACCCCAUGGAUGCAAGAUGAGUCGAAAGACGAGACAUAUGGAUUUCCCAGUGCAAUGCAGCCACGUUUGUCCCAGAGACUUUGUCCAGAUGUUGCCAAACGACCUUAUUUCUUCUAUGGAAACCUAGGGGAGCUAUCUCCUAGGUGGUGGUCUAAGAUCUCCAGUUUCUUGUUUGGGAUUCACCCUGAACAUGUAGAUACUCGGUUGUGUUCACCUCUCCGUAGGACAGAAGGUUACUUGCACAACCUUCCCAUAGAAAAUAGGUUCAACAUCCUCCCAAACCCCUCGUUAACUAUACAAGACGCAAUGCCACAAAUGAAGAGUUGGUGGCCUCAAUGGGAUGUGAGAAAGCAUCUGAAUGGUGGUGCGUGUUCUAAAACAAAUGACGAAGCAACUCUUCUAUGUGAGCGACUUGGACGUCAUAUAGCUGCAUGCAGGGGAAAGCCUUCUCAGCAAGACCAGACUCUAAUACUUCGACAUUGUCACACCUCUAAUCUGAUCUGGAUUGCUCCAAACAUUCUCUCACCUGUAGAGCCUGAACAUUUAGAGUGCAUCAUGGGAUAUCCAUCAAACCACACAAACAUUGGUGGUGGAAGAUUGACUGAAAGAUUGAAGUUGUUUGAGUUUUGCUUCCAAACAGACACAUUGGGUUAUCAUCUUUCUGUGCUCAAGUCUAUGUUUCCUCAAGGGUUAACAGUUUUAUCACUCUUUAGCGGGAUUGGUGGUGCGGAAAUUACAUUAAGCCGUCUUGGAAUACACCUGAAAGCUGUAGUCUCUGUUGAGGAUUGUGGAUUAAGCCGUAACAUAUUGAAAAGAUGGUGGCAGACUUCUAGACAACUUGGAGAGCUUGUGCAGAUUGAAGAUAUCAGGAGCUUAACAACAAAGAAGCUACAGACUUUGGUGCAGAGAUUUGGAGGAUUCGACUUAGUCAUUUGUCAAAACCCACCAACACCACCUGAUCUCUCUAAAGAAAGCUCAAGAACUGAAGUUUCUGAAUUUGAUUAUAUGUUGUUUAAUGAGUUUGUUCGUGUCUCAAAACGUGUCAGAGAUUUGAUGGCGUUAAAUUGACCAGGUGUGUUUACGUCCUCAAGAAUUUGGAGACUUGUCGUCUUCCAUUUUGUUUUCUGAAGGUAACUCGUCAAUCUUGGGAGACUAUUAAUAUAUCUACUUGAUAAGACAGUCGCAAGAGUAGUAUCCAUGUUUUUGUAUCUUUUAAGAGAACUUUUGUUUGAAAAUCGAUGCUUUAAUGCAUCCGUCUGUAUGUUCCAUAAACCGCACGAACGUGGUGCUGUUCUUGCAGUGAAUCAAGUGGCCCAAUGUUGUAUCUUUCUGAACUUAUCUUUUUCUUUGUUUUGCUCAGUGUUGUU